GAGAUGUGUACGAACAGUAUAGUGCACAGUAGAGAGAAAGAAGUGAGAGAAGAAGAGAGGGAGAAGGAACGCGCGUCUCUCAUAGCUAAUACUCUAUAUUUCUAAUUUAUUGUGCACACAUGAAAUCGGUAAACGUAAUACAAACGAUUAUGAUUCGAUUAUUGUUCAAAAUUAAUUGAGAUUAAAUCGAAUCCACGUGACGCGCGAGUAUAUACACAUGGAAUCUCGUCGGUGAUUAAAAGUUAAGGUUAUCAUGACAUUUUGACAAGGAAACGUAGAAAAAAAAAAAUAUUUAUUUCCGUAGGUACUGCCAAACGUUAUACAGUGUCACGUCUUUCGACAUCUCUCGUAUCCUGGAGCAUGUUUGAAGAUAAAGAAGAAACUUGUCUCUUGCGCGACCCUCGAAAAUAAUUUUUAUUCUCCUAAACGACAAGCAAUCCAAAAAAGGAAGAACAAAGGCUUCUCAGACGCAGCAAAAUGAAGACGCUGCUUAAAAUAUUAUAUUCAUUCUGUUGGAGCAACGCAUACCUGAUAAUGGGUAUAUGCAUGGGCCUAAGUUUCAGUCUCCUGCUGAUACCGAUUGACUUAGACAGACAGCACGACGUAGGGGAGUCCUUCGAUCACUCCGUGAACACCUUGGAGGAUAUAGACCCCUACGAGCCGAGAAUAAACACCGACAGCAAGCCGCAACAGAUGCAGAAAGCGAGGAAGUCAUUUGUACGCCCGAGAUACUACUCCACGGAGCUUGGGAUCAGGGAGAAAUUGUUUGUGGGCAUUAUAACGAGCCGCGAGCAUCUGCACAGCAGGGACGUGGCGCUGAACAAGACGAUUGCUCAUAUAGUGAAUAAAAUUCGCUACUUCAUCUCCAUACCAGAGGGGACCAAGCCAAACGUUUCUUUCCCCGGCAUAGUCGGGUUCACCGACACGAGGGACAUCCUGAAACCUUUCCACGCCAUGAAAUACAUAGUUGAUAACUAUUUAGAGAGCUACGAUUAUUACUUUCUGAUUAAGGACGUGAGUUAUGUAAAUGCAAGAGCCCUGGUGGAGUUCGUGAAUAAAAUCACUGUGAGCCAAAACGUUCACACCGGCGUUCAAAGCGAAAUCGAUACCUACUGUUCUCUGGAGUCCGGUAUACUUUUGAGCAAUUCUGUUGUACGAGAGAUGAAAAGCAAUCUGGAUUGGUGCGUCAAGAACGCAUAUUCAGACUCGGACGACAUUAAUUUCGGUCGCUGCAUUCUCCAUUCCACUUCUAUGCCCUGCGUCAGUCAUACGCAAGGACGAAAUUUCACGUUUACACAGUUGUCACCCACGUUUAACUUCGAGAGGGAUUUCGUUCGGUUGGCCGAGCAAAACGAAUUCCAGAAUUCGCUCUCCGUAUACCCCGUCUACGAUCACAUGCUCAUUUAUAAAUUUAACAUGUAUUUCGCUGCGAUAAAUUCCAUUAAAGUUAACAAACAGAUCGCCGACGUGCGCAAGGUAAUAUCCGCGACUGCAUAUUUGGGCCCGCCGAGUCAACGUAACGUAUCGUGGCCGAUUGGAGAUCAACCUGGAAACAGACCUCUCGGACGCUUCGACGUCUUGCGCUGGUCUUACUUCAAUGUGUCUCACGUUUUCUUCGAGACCGACUUCAUUAACAUCCAAGAGCUGAAGGGCGACACAAAGGCCGACAUAGAUUACGUGAUAAACACAGCUGUGGACAAUAUUGUAAAGAGAUACGAUAACAAACUCAGCUUUGCAAGACUGCUGAAUGGCUACCUCAAGUUCGACGCGUCCAGAGGGAUGGAUUAUAUACUCGACUUGAUAUUUAGCGAGGUGGCCACGGGCAAGGAAGUAAGGAAGCGAGUCGAGAUCUGCAAGCCGCUGGGGAAAGUAGAAAUUAUACCCGUGCCUUACGUGACUGAAAAUACGAGAAUUAAUAUAAUUAUCACUGUCGAUCUGGGCAGAAAGCAGGACGCGCUGAAUUUUAUCGAGCACUACGCACAAAACUGUAUAGAAAAGAAAUGCAAGACCUCCCUCAUGGUGGUUCUCUUGUACAAUUCAGAUUCACCGUCGAAAGGCAGAGGUGACGUUUAUUACGAAGUAAAAACAUUCGUGUCAAUGCUGAACGACAAGUACAAAAAGGACCAAUCUAAGAUUACUUGGCUGUCAAUACGAUUGCCAGUCAACGUAACUUCCGUGGAUCUGGAUCCGAUGUUGAGGAUCGCCGUGACCGAUUUGUGUGCGAAGAAGUUCUCGUCGGAAAGUCUGGUUCUUCUCGUAGAAAUGGGGACGAAAUUGAAAGUAGACUAUUUAAACAGGGUUCGAAUGAACACCAUUGGUCGCUACCAGAUAUUCAGCCCGAUCCCGUUCAUCGAGUUCCAUCCCGAUAUAAUUUACGCAAGCGAAGCAGCUCACGACGAAGUGGACGUCAACAGCAACUACGGGAAAUAUGACGAGCAGAACUACAACAACAUCGCGUUUUACAUUAAAGAUUACAACGCAAUGCGGCAGACAGUCGAGGCGAACAUUCCAUUAGCGCGUUCGGACAAGGACAUUGCCAUUCUGCUGAAACUUUCCAAGCACAGCCCUGUAACUUCUUUGUUCGAAAUGUACGUGUCGUUCAGCGAUAUGCAUGUAUUUCGCGCGAUAGAGCCGACACUGAAGAUAAAAUACAAAGAUGUCAGCUGUGGCGACGCUUCCAACGACAGUAUUUAUAAGAGUUGCCUUAAACUGAGAACCGACCACUUGGGUAAACGUAGUCAACUGGCUAGACUGAUAUUAGAUUAUCAGAGCUAUCAUACGUAAAAAUACGUAGAUCGCGAUAUGCAAUAUUUACAAAGAGAAACGCUAUUUAUUGCAAUUUGUAUUAUUCAGGGUAAAUGCUUUAGAUUUUUAUAGAACAAGCAAAAAGUAGAUAAGUUUAUAAUUAUCUAUAAGGUAGAAAGAGAUUCAAUAUACAUUUGCUAGAUAUAUUUUUAUAGAUUUAUAUACAGUGUCAACUAUAUAUGAGCAUUUUAUUUAUUUGUACAUUUUAUUCUCGCAAUAAAUACUCGUAAUUGGU